UGGACACAGCAGACAGCAGGCGAGAGUCACAACGGCCGCUUACGCGAGUGUCCCUUCUAUUGGCGUUAGCUUUAUUAAUUAUUAUUCUAUGACUCUAGCGUCAGCUAGUUAUUAUUCUAUGGCAGGACCCGUGUAAAUCACUAAACAUUCUAAACAUUCCAAACAUUCACUAAACAUCACUAAAGCACUAAACAUUCGGCAGUUUUUUAAUGACCACAAUCAACAAUAGGUACUCUAUCCACAAUGACUCACUCAACCAUGUUUUAUUAAGUAAUAAUAGUGGGACCAGUCCUAGUUCAGCAGCAUGAGUGCUUUCACUAACUACACAGACAUUUUAUCCUGCCGCAGAUCAAGUAGUGAUUUCACUUGGGUGUCGCGGGACUUUAGUCCAAGCCAUUCAAAUGUCACUGCCCCAAACAAAACUGACCACAAUCGGAUCCACCAAGAUGUCCUUAGGAGUCCAAGGAUUCAGAAAAUCAUCCAGGAGAUAAGUGCUGAACAUAGUGUCCCAUUCAAAACAGUUGAACUGAAAGUGUCAGCAACUUUGAAGGAGAUAGGGUACACCCAUCAACUUGCUGUCAUAAGAGGUCUCGCAUUUGUUCUGGUAAAAAUACUGAAAAAAAUACUGAACGGGAUUUAUGUCAAUGAGACCCAUCUAAAAAAGAUCAAAUUGGAGAUGAAAAAUAAUCCUGUCAUUUUUCUGCCAAGUCAUCGCAGUUAUGCAGAUUUUAUCUUGAUGGCUUAUGUGGCGUUUCAUUAUGAAAUCGAACUUCCUUGUGUUGCUGCUGGAAUGGAUUUUCAGUCUAUGUGGCUUAUGGGUCAACUGCUGCGUGAUACGCAUGCUUUUUUCAUGAGGCGGUCCUUUGGAGAUGACAAACUUUACAAAGCUGUUUUUGAUGAGUAUGUCCAAACUUUGGUCAUAAGCGGAGAUUUACCUAUUGAAUUCUUCAUUGAAGGAACUAGAAGUAGAUCGGCCAAAUCUCUCCUGCCUAAAUUUGGAAUGCUUUCAAUGAGUCUCGCUCCAUUGCUAGAAGAGCACGUUUCAGACAUAACAAUAGUCCCCGUUAAUCUUAGCUACGACCGUACCCUUGAAGAAUCUCUAUUCUCUUUUGAGCUGCUUGGAGUGCCUAAACCCAAAGAAACAACCUCUGGUUUGUUGAAAGCACUUCACAUGCUGGAUGAAAAGUACGGAAAUGUGUACAUUAAUUUCUGCAAGCCAUUUUCAGCAAAAGUAUAUCUAAAAAAUAUACCUUCACAAUUAUCACCAAUCACUGAUCUUGCCUUUACUGUAGUGGACAGGCAGCAACGCAGUUGUGUCGUUAGUUGUUUCAAUUUGAUUUCAAUGGUUCUUACCAACCAUCUCUUAGUCAAUGAUGAGCCUUUGUACCUGAAGCAAUUAGUCAGCGAUGUUUCAUGGCUUCGAUCUGUCAUGCAAGAGCUGUCUGUCAGCACCGUAUUUGCCAUAGCAAAUAUACUCAACGCGAUAGAAGAGGCCAUUCAUCUUCAUAAAUCUCUUGUAAAAUUAUCUAAUGAGAGUGCCCUUCAACUGGUUCCUGUCGAUUUAGCACUCUCCUGUAUCAACAAAAGCAGACUUAAAGGUCAUGAACUGACUGAUGAAACUAUGCUAAUAUCGUUACCUGUGUUUACACUUCAGCAUUAUGUCAAUCCUUGUCUUUAUUUUCUAGUCAACAUGGCCCUUAUUACUACAGUUCUCCAAUCAAAUCGAGACACAUCAUACUUCACUUGGGAUUUUGUCUUCCAAAAAUUUCAAUUCUUACGAAGAAUCUUGGCUUUUGAAUUCAUCUUUUAUAAAAAGAAAGAAGAAGAGGAUUUUCUUGAAGCUUUAAAGAAAUUAGAGCUCCUGAACAUGAUUGAGGAACAAGAGGACGGUCGAUUAUGUCCUGGAAAUCACUUUAAAUUACAAGCCCUCCUGUGCAAUCUGUUCUACCCAUUCCUAUCAAGCUAUCUGUGUACAAUGAAAUGCCUCCCGAAUGUUUGCAGUGACUGGCAGAGUCAGGGGACAAUUGUGAAAAAAGCCCAAGCUGAGAUUGAAGCUGAGUUGGUGAGAGGAAAUCUUCUCCAUCCGUAUUCUCUCUCGAUUGAACUCAUUCAGUCAUGUUUGAAGUCUUUGCAAAACAUGGGUUUGCUGCUUAUGUCUAAGAUGAAUGGAUUUGUGAGGUACAAAGUAGCCAGGACCACUCUCUUGAACAUCAUCAGCCAAUUAGAGGGUCUUAUCAUCCGGCCUGUAGAGAAGUGCAAUGAUGCCAGAGCAAAUGUCAAGCGUCUAAUGACUUUCACAGGGAAACAAGCAAAAUUAUAAUGGCAGAUUGUUAGAAUGCAGCAAAAGUAUUAUUGGAGUGCAUAAUGAAGUGCUAAUUUGCUGUAAUUGAUAACCAUCUAAGUAUUCUACAAAAUAAUGAAGAAAAGAUAAUAGAAGUAGUUGUGAAACCCAUGUAGGAUGUUUGAUUUAUUUACAAGGAUCCUGUUGCUCCCCACAGCUCCUCGAGUGUCCAUAAGAUACCAUACACGAGCGGAAAUAAAAGUGUUGAGUGGGGGAUGGGUGUUAAUAAUUUUACUUCAUAAGCAUAAAAAUUGAUUCAUGUUAUGAGAGAUUGGUUUAAUCUAAGUUUCUUAAUUAAGUCAACUUCCAAACAAGGAAAAUUGCGCUUUGGAAAAUAAAAUAAUAUUGACACA